AUUUUUUAUUUUGUUUCAUUCCCGAUAAAAUCGUUGUUGUUUGUUUUCUUUUGCGCUAUAGAUAAAGAGCAUCCGCAGCAUUCCCUUAUCUAUAUAGAUAUAUCCACGCACACAUAUGUAUAUGUAUGUGUCGGUGUGUGCAUUCGUGUCUCUAUGUGUGUGUGUGUGUGCGUGCGUCCAUAGCUAUCCCCUGUGAAUUCCAUCCAUCCAAUCUACACACAUAUGAUUCUAUAUAUACAUAAUAUAUAUAUAUCUCAAUCUGAAUGAUUGUAACCAAAUACAACAACAACAACAACAACAACGACAACUAAUUAAUGCCACACUUUUGUAUGUGUCUAUCGAACAACUGAAACGAUAAUCAAUCGAUAUCGAUAACAACAAUUUGCAUCAACAAAUCAACAAUCGACUCGUUACAAAAUGGCGGACAUCAUGCGUCCGCCGUUCAGCGACAUUAAGCGGCCCGACGAAAUCGUCAGAAUGACAACCGCCGAUAAUCUGAAAUUUGCCGUCCUCAUCGGCCUCAUCGAGGUGGGCCAGGUGACCAAUCGGGAGGUGGUCAACACUGUUUUACAUUUGGUGAGUAAACGCAACUGUUUUCAACUAUCUCCGUCUCUCUCACGCACGCUGGAGAGCCCACUCCACACACUGAUGUGGAAAAGUGAAAUCCCGUUUGAUGUAAAGUGACGUCGGCUGGGUGGCGCGGCAGAGGGGACCAUA